UGGGGUUAUUCCAGGAAGGGUCAGUGUGUCAGAGGAAAGCAUGGGGGAGGUGAUCUCAGGGAAAAUAUAGCACAUGUGAGCUGUGGAAAAACGCAUAAUAAGUAUAGAGGUUGGCUGAGAGGAAGCAGUAGUGGUUAUAUAAAAGGAUUGACAGAGAUUUGUAUUACUAGCCCAAAAAAUGAACCUUGCCGGUGGCCUGGAUCUUAUUUUCAUUGCCAAUAAUUUGGGUUCAGUGAUGGAAAGUCCACAAACAGAUUUCUCUGUAAGUCCAGGUUCUGAGCAAAAAGAGAGUGAGGUCCAAGAAGAUGGCAGUCCACCAGUAAAAAAAGUAAUGACAGAAAAGCAUGUCAAUAGCAAAGUACAAGCUGUAGUAAAUAAAUUGCCAACAAUAAAGAAGGAAAAUGUGGAUGAAUAUGAAGAAACUCCCAUGGAGUCUGAUGGAGAAAAUGCGAAACCAAACAGUACUACAUUAUCUGAGUCUUUGAAUUUAAAUCCUGGUUUGAAACACACAUUGGCACAGUUCCAUUUAAGCAGCCAGAGUUCACUGGGUGGACCAGCAGCUUUUUCAGCUCGUUAUUCCCAAGAAAGCAUGUCACCUACUGUCUUCGUGCCUCUUCCAUCACCACAGAUACUUCCUAGUCCACUGCUCAUUCCUUCAGACAGUUCCACUGAGCUUACUCAGAGUAUAUUGGAGGGAGAAUCUAUUUCUUGUUUUAAAGUUGGAGGGGAAAAGAGACUCUGUUUGCCUCAAGUGUUGAAUUCAGUGCUCCGAGACUUUUCACUACAGCAAAUUAAUACAGUGUGCGAUGAACUGUAUAUAUACUGCUCGAGGUGCACUUCCGACCAGCUUCAUAUCCUAAAGGUUUUGGGAAUCCUUCCAUUUAAUGCCCCAUCCUGUGGGUUGAUCACACUGACUGAUGCUCAAAGACUAUGCAAUGCUUUACUACGUCCUCGCACUUUUCCUCAAAAUGGCACUCUGCUUCCUGCAAAAAACACAUUGGUCCAAUUGAAAGAGACUGGCAGUGCCUUUGAAGUAGAGCAUGAAUGCUUGGGCAAGUGCCAGGGUUUGUUUGCACCUCAAUUUUAUAUUCAGCCGGAUGCUCCAUGUAUCCAGUGUUUGGAGUGCUAUGGAAUGUUUUCACCCCAGACAUUUGUGAUGCAUUCGCAUAGAUCUCCUGACAAGAGGACCUGCCACUGGGGCUUUGAAUCAGCCAAAUGGCAUUGUUAUCUUCACGUUAACCAAAAAUAUUUAGGCACUUCAGAGGAGAGAGAACUGAAGCAUCUUUUGGAGGAAAUGAAGGAGAAGUUUAGCAUGAAAAACCAGAAAAGAAUUCAAUCCAAAGCAGAUCCUCAGCAAAGCCUAGAAUUGCAGCAAUGGUAUCCAGUUAUAAAGCAUGAAGCAGACCCUGUUACUCAAUCACAUUCAUUCGUCCAUCCCAGCUAUUACCUUUACAUGUGUGAUAAAGUGGUUGCUCCAAAUGUAUCCCUUACACUGCAAUGUAAAGAAGCUACAAAAACAGCAGUCAAGAUUUCAGAAGUAAUUAAAUCUUUACCUGGACAGUCACAGAAACAAGUCAAUAGUGUUAAACACAAAAAAGCUGCCUCAUAUCCAGAGCUCUCUCUUGAAGAGCAGGAAAAAAUCGACUUAAAAACUAGCACAGAACUGCAUAAAAGUGUGGAUCCACCUAUGUCAACUAAUUCUACAAGACGAGGGAAAUCUGAACAUGCCACUUCCAAAGCCAAUGCAGAAUCUAACAAGGUUGAAAUAGGCAAUGGUGCCUCAUCCCCAACUACUAUCAAGGACAUCAGUUGUGAAGAUGACAAGGGAAGAAUCAUGGAGGAAGUAAUGAAAACCUACCUUAAACAGCAAGAAAAACUGAAUACUAUUUUGCAAAAGAAGCAGCAGCUUCAAAUGGAAGUGGAAAUGUUAAGUAACUCUAAAGUUAUGAAGGAACUAACUGAGGAGCAGCAGAAUUUACAGAAGGAACUUGAAUCUUUGCAAACUGAGCAUGCUCAAAGAAUGGAAGAAUUUUAUGUUGAGCAGAGAGACUUGGAGAAAAAACUGGAACAAGUGAUGAGGCAAAAGUGUACCUGUGACUCCAACUUAGAAAAGGACAAAGAAGCUGAAUAUGCAGCACAGUUGGCAGAACUAAGACAGAGACUGGAUCAUGCAGAGACAGAUAGACAAGAGCUCCAAGAUGAACUGAGACAAGAACGAGAAGCAAGAGAAAAGUUAGAGAUGAUGAUUAAGGAACUGAAGCUUCAGAUUUUGAAAUCUUCAAAGAAUGGAAAAGGAAAAUAGAAGUUGGUAGAGGGAAUCUCGGUUGUUUCCUUCAAGCUGGGUUGUUUGUAGUUUAAUUGUGCACAGUUUACCUGUAUGAUAAGACCAAGUAUUUGUAGUUCCCAAAACAAAAACCAAGGUGAUGAUAUAUAUCUUGAUAUACAUUUUUAGAUUUUCUUAACUAAUGAAAAUCUGCAUUUAUUUGUACUGGUGUUUUUUCUCAGACAGCUAUUAACAAUAUGAAACCUUUUGUUUUAGAACAAUUUCUGCCUAUAUUUCUAAUGCAGGCUUGAGGACUCUGCACCUUUUUAAAGCAGCAUUGUGUGUUUAAAAUAUACUGUGGUCAUUUUUAUUUUGCUACCUAUUGCAUAUCCAGUUAUAGAAAUAUAUAUUUUUUAAUUUUGAUCUUUUCAAAACCUAAAAUAGAAAAACAGAAUUUAGGUUGCAGUGAAAAAUUCAGUGACAAUAAGGGCAGCUUUUCAUUUGUAAAUUAAUGCUGCAUGUUGGCACGCUGAUAAAAGAAGAUUGACCAUCAGAAAUUUAAUAGCCAGAGUUUUUUUCCAUAAUUUCAUCUGUAUGAAUUUUCAAACUGUUAUUUUUAAUAGUUGCUAUUAAAUGUCUAUUAUCAAAAUGGAAGAAUUUCAAAAUCUAAGUUGUGGUAUUCUGUGGGCAUUUUGGAGGAUGAUAACAUUAUUAUGCAUUUCAGUGUGAAAAGGAACAACUGAAACGGAAUCCUGUGCAUUUUAAAGUAUAAAAAUCUCCUUCCCUCUGCUCCCCUCCCAUCUCCCCCCUUUCCUUGCUCUCUCCCCCCCCUCCGCCCCCAGCCUUUUCAGGUAACAGCUGUUGAAGAAAGUCUUUAAAAAAAAAAAUUGGGGGCUAUAUUGUAGAAACCCUGAACAUUUGGAUUAUUAACAUUGUUUUGAAAAUAUUAAUGCUCUGGAGAAUAACAGUUGUUAUCAUUCAUAUGUGUUAGUUACUUUGAUAUCCAAAAGUCUCUCUUCUCUACAGAUUUAUUUUAGUAUGUAGAAACAGGCCUUAUUGACAUUUAGGUAAUUAGUAAAAAGUUAAAGAAAAAAAGUGAGCUAUGACGCUUCAAAAGUAAUUUUGAUACUUUGUAUGGUUAAAUAACAUUGGAAAUAUUACCAUAAUCUGCAAAAGUACUGCAUGUUCAACCCAUAAUAUUUAAAAAUGGAUAGAAGUACAGAAUCCCUAUAUUGGUGUACCCGACAUUAAUGUUGAAAAAUCCUGGUCACAAAGGGUUAGAUUUAGAAUGCCUUAUUAUUAGAAUCCUGACAUAUUAAAAGCAUUAUUACAAAAUUGGGUGAAAAAAUACAGUCUUUUACUUCUUUCCAAAAAGUUUGAAGGAUCUCUAAUGACAGACUUUAGUUGUUGAUUAGAAAUAUUUUUAGUAGUUUCAUGUUCCAUGUUCCUUACUCUGAAUCCACUGUUAACUAAAAUUGUUUUGCUAUGGUGUUUGUGUCUUUGUUGUUCUCUCCAGGGUUAAACUAGUGUUAGAUAAAACCAUGAAUAAAAAUGUCUGCUUCCAUUUUUGUUCUGAGUGAGCUAAAAUUAAAAACUUUGCCUGCAUUUUAAUUUUUUCACAAUCUAUUUCAAUGAAAUAGGAAAUAUUGUACAAAGAAAGAUUAAGUUGGCAUAUGUGCCAUAUACUGCUUGUUCAAGUUGGGAGAGGUAAAAUUAAGAAUAUGUGUUGGACACCCUUUUAGAAUUUUAAUAAAUUCUUAAUGUCCCAUCUACACUGAGGAUUAAAGCAGGUUAAAUGAAGCAGUUUGAAACAUUGUGUCCCUUGCCAUUAUGGAUUACAGAGCACAAAUUUUUCUCUCUGGCAUCUUUGGAUCAUUCUUUUAAAAAUGGGCAAACCUAUCUAAACUGGGCAAGUCAAACUAUUUAAAGGGGGCUGCGGGGUGGGGACAGAAAUUCCUGUUUGCUCCUUAUAUGCUUUUGUAUUCAACGUCACGUCUGUUUGCUUUAAAGACCAAAAAAAAACCAA